CCAGCCCAUUAUGUUUCGUAUUCCGCUUUGGGGGGAUUACCCAUACAGCCAUGGGUUGGCUUCCAAUGCUGAACUUGGUGGAUAAACGUGGGAUCUUAGGACAGGAAGCAGGUCCUAAGAGGAGCUGAUGGCAGUGAAGCAGAGAUGCUGUGGCUGUCAUGACGUCUCUCCUCUGGAUGCUGGUGUGGCUGCCUCAGGCCCUACUAGCAAUGAGUGAACUCCCAAAGCCCAUCAAUGACAUCCUAAACUCAAGCCAUUUCAUCCACAUCCUGACAUGGGAGCCUGGACCAGGAACACCACCGGGAGUCCACUACAAUGUCACAGUGAGCACAGAAACGGGAGCUUCCUGGGUGCCAGUGUUCGGCUGUGAGAAGGUGCAGCAUCCACUGGUGUGCAACCUAACCGAGGCCUUCUCUGACCCCACCAAGGUGUACCUUAGCAGGAUUAGAGUACUGCUGGAUGCACAGGAAUCGCAACCAGUCAGUCAACCGGAAUUUAAACCCAUCACAGAUACUCUCCUGGAUCUGCCGCUACUGAAUGUUACACCAUGUGGCCAAGAUUUGUGUGUGGAACUACAUCCUCCCAUGGAGCGCCUGAGGGACAUCUAUGAUUCUCUCAAUUACAAAUUUCGGAUUAUGAGCAAAAAUACAGACAGUGUAAGAAUUUUCCAAAGGCAUUAUUUGAUCUGACAGCUUGAAGCAAAUUUGUGGAGAUUAGUGGAUAAUGUCCUUGUGAGAAAUCAAAACUAUCUUAAGCUCGUUCUUGAUUAAGUGACAAGUUUUCUGGUGUAAAGAGAAGCUUUAAUACACAUCAAAGAUGUCCAAUCAGAAGAAAAUCACAAAGGAACUGGAGCAGGAAACAGAUGUUGAAGGAAUACACAUUUCGACCCCCUGCUCAAUGUAACCAUAAGCACUCAUGUAUGACAGACAGAUAGACGAAUGGAUCAAUUAAGAACACAUGUAUUUAGUUGUGGAAACACUGUGCCAUUUUCAGUCCAGGAAAAAGGUCACAGGGUUACAGGGUUAAGGUUAGGGUUCAUGGGAGACCUCACAGAGCGCCUGAGGGUACUCACUGUGUGCAUAAUUAAAUACAAAAAGUCCAGUUUGAGAAACACAUGGAACAGAGUGGAAGCAGUGUGCCAGUAGAGGUGCCCGAGGAGCA